AGCAAACACAAAGCUACCAAGCUACUGCCCACUAGUCCACGAGCCAAAGAUUAAAUUUGGGUUAGUAAAAAAAUAAUAAUAAUAAAUGAAAAUAUAGAACAAAAUAAUACAUAAAGGUUUUAAACGACAAUUUCAACAUUCGUAAUUAGUCAACAUAAACAAUUUCGGUUAUCCUUUCUAUAGCGAAGCUGUCAAGAAAUAAAAUAAAUAUAGGUGCUCCAGCAUUUCUCUGAACUGAUUGAUAAAAUGUCAACGACAGCGGAGCCAAUUGGAGGCGGAGGUAGUGGACUAGUGGCUGGCCUAGCCGAAAAAGUCGGAGCCCCAGAGGCUGCUAUGCGUUUAUUAUUAACACUGCUAGCAGGUUAUCCCAUUGCAUUCCUAUAUCGUUUUCUAAUACAACAUCAAUCAAAAAAGGCAGUGCACCAUAUCUUUUUUGCUCUCUGUGGCUUAAUGCUAUGCUUUUUUAAUUAUGGCAUCAACACUUAUCAUUCACUACUUUGCAUAUGGAUGACUUUUUUGUUUGUAAAGUUGCUACACAGCUCGCCCACAAAACUUGUUGCUGUUAAUUUCAUAUUUCACAUGGGAUACCUGCUAAUUGGAUAUUAUUUUACCGAGAGUAACGAAUAUGACAUUUUGUGGACAACACCACAUUGUGUAUUGACCCUGAGAAUGAUUGGUUUCGUAUUUGAUGUAACUGAUGGCCUUAAAGCUAAAGAAAAGUUAUCAAAGGACCAGUUGGAGUGCUGUUUAGAGAAAACACCUUCAUUGUUGGAGCUCUUAGCCUAUGCGUACUUUCCAGGGUCGUUCCUGGUAGGCCCACAAUUUCCUUACCGUCGCUACCAGCGCUACAUUGAUGGUGAAUUCAGCCAGUACAAAGGCUUUGUUCAAACUGGCGUGCUACGUUUUCUAAUGGGCGUUACUUAUUUGGCAGUACGACAAGUGGGAGCUAUGAUGUUGCCCGAUAAUUAUUUCCUAACAGAUUCUUAUCGCAAUCAGCCAUUUAUAUGGCGUUUAAUUUAUUUAGGAUUAUGGGGCAAAUUUUCUCUAUACAAAUAUAUAUCGUGCUGGUUGCUGACGGAAGGGGCUCUCAUGUGUUUGGGCUUUACUUACAAUGGUAAAUCGGCAGAUGGUAGCGAUGAUUGGUAUGGUUGUUCCAAUGUCAAAUUGUAUCUUUUGGAAACCGGCAAUACCAUGGAACAUUAUGUUAAAUCGUUCAAUGUGAAUACAAACCAUUGGGUAGCCUCAUAUGUGUAUAAACGUUUGAAGUUUUUGAAUAAUCGCACUAUAAGCUAUGGCGCAGCUUUAUCAUUCUUAGCCGUAUGGCAUGGUUUCCAUAGUGGCUAUUAUAUGUCAUUUUUCCUGGAGUACUUAAUUGUGACUACAGAAAAGCAGAUCGAAGACACAUACCAAAAGGCUAUCGUAUCCAAGUAUAGCAAUAUUGUCAAUACAACGCCUUUUAAAUUGUUAAAAAUAAUAGCCCUGAAAUCGUAUAACAUCAUUUAUAUGGGCUGGUGUUUGACUCCUUUCAUCUUUUUAAGCUUUGACCGUUGGCUUGAGGUGUUUAGGGCUGUUAAUUAUUUUGGAUUUAUCUACUUAGCUUCAUGGUUUAUUCUACUACAAAUAUAUAAAAGGCAGAGAGCCCUGAAUAGAAAUAAGGAACGCGUCGCUAGUAGAGCAACAGAUUUGUCACCAACAGUUGGUGAAUCCCAAAGCAAUGAGCGUGGUAGCAAUGCUACUGAUUUAUCGCCAAACUUACAAGAUAAUAAAAAAGAAAAUUAAAUAUUAAGUCAAUUCUUCAUCUCUCUUCUAUCUUUCGAAUCGAUUUAUCGCUAGUGUAUAAAUACGUCUAUCCAAACGUGAUACAAGCGGCAGUAUUGACGAGCAUCUACCACACAAAACCUCUAGAGAUUUCCAUAUUGAGACGAAACGCCUUGAAAAAAAGUUUCAUAGAGAAUAGAAGAUCUCAGUUAAAAGCCCAAAUUUCGUAUCGAAAUUGUAAAAGAAGAAAUCAAAUAUAAAGAUCCUGAUGCUAUAGAAUUUUUUUCUGGGAAGAUCGUUUGGGCCGCUCCUUCCCCUUAAAACUUGGGAUACUUCCUAUAUAGUUAUUAUGUUUUAGUUUGUUUUUAUUAGUUUUAUUAUCUAAAUGCAGUUCCAAAUUUUUCAUUGUCUUUUUUUGCUUUUUAUACUUUUGAAAAUAAUACAUAAGACAUAAUUUAUCUAGUCAAAAAGUAUAUAUAACUUUAAUGUAGAUGAGAUAACAAACACACCCACACACUCUGUACUCUUCAAAUAGUAGACAACUGUUUUCAAAAUGGAGAUAGGUAUACACUUAAAAAAAACAAUACCAAUUACUCAUAAAAUAUUUUUAAAAAUCCAAACAAGCUUCAAUUAUAAAUUUAAUUACAAAUUAAACACGUUCUAGUUUUAAGUUGUUUAAAUCUAUAAUGAACUUAUAAAAGACGAACUUAUUAUGGUGAUUAGAUUAUAACCAAACUUGUAAGACGACUUCAAGUGAUAUUAAAAAUAAAAGAGAAGCCCAAUAAGAAUA